CGACAAGAUGGCCACACCGACAGUACCGGCGAGUGCUUCUCCCGCCACUCAAGCCCCUUCCCCGGCUGCGGCCCCAGCCCCGGCGUCAGCCCCAGCCCCAGCCUCCCCCUCAGCUCCGGCUGCGCCGCCGGCUCCAGCUCCAUCGCCGGCUCCAGCCUCAUCCUCAGACCCGGCGGCGGCGGCUGGGACCGCGGCCCCGGGACAGACCCCGGCCUCAGCGCCAGCCCCCGCGCAGACGCCGGCGCAGUCGCUGCCCGGGCCUGCGCUCCCAGGCCCCUUCCCCGGCGGCCGCGUAGUCCGGCUGCACCCCGUCAUUUUGGCCUCCAUCGUGGACAGCUACGAGCGACGCAACGAGGGCGCUGCCCGAGUCAUCGGGACCCUGCUGGGAACCGUUGACAAGCACUCAGUGGAAGUCACCAAUUGCUUUUCAGUGCCUCACAACGAGUCGGAAGAUGAGGUGGCUGUUGACAUGGAAUUUGCUAAGAACAUGUAUGAAUUGCACAAGAAAGUCUCUCCAAAUGAGCUCAUCCUGGGCUGGUACGCAACAGGCCAUGACAUCACGGAGCACUCUGUGCUGAUCCAUGAGUACUACAGCCGGGAAGCCCCCAACCCCAUUCACCUCACUGUGGACACGAGCCUCCAGAACGGCCGCAUGAGCAUCAAGGCCUAUGUCAGCACUUUAAUGGGUGUCCCUGGGAGGACCAUGGGGGUGAUGUUCACACCUCUGACAGUGAAAUAUGCAUAUUAUGACACAGAACGCAUCGGAGUUGACCUGAUCAUGAAGACCUGUUUUAGCCCCAACCGGGUGAUCGGACUCUCCAGUGACUUGCAGCAAGUGGGAGGGGCAUCAGCUCGCAUCCAGGAUGCCCUAAGCACGGUCUUGCAGUAUGCGGAGGAUGUACUGUCUGGAAAGGUGUCAGCCGACAAUACUGUGGGCCGCUUCCUGAUGAGUCUGGUUAACCAAGUACCCAAGAUAGUUCCCGAGGACUUCGAGACCAUGCUCAACAGCAACAUCAAUGACCUGCUGAUGGUGACCUACCUGGCCAAUCUCACACAGUCACAGAUUGCCCUCAAUGAGAAACUCGUAAACCUGUGAAUGGGCCCCAGUCCUAGGACUCAGAAUGGAGUGAAGUAGAAAUGAUUUCUUUGUGGUUGGAGUCACACUGAGUCACCAGCUUGUGACUCUAAAUAAACAUAGCCUACCUUUUGUAAAUGAA